AUGACAAUGUCGGGAGGCCGUCCUCAGCCAAAUCGCAGUCCUUCUUCGCAACAGCACAUCCCGGCGACCCCCAGUGGGCUACGCCAAAGCUAUACCAUGGGUUCGCCGCCUGUUCAAUCUCCUGGCUCUGUCGCUGGCUCCGCUGGCGGCGAGUCUGAAUACCUGACCACUCGCGAGGAUGUGACACCACUGGCCACGCCCCUCCCCAACGAGACCGAGGGCCGAGAGGCCCCUCGCGCCGGGUCUAGCCUCCCCCGACCGCAUACGUUCCCCCCGACCGAGUCGACGAGUCUCUUGCAGAAUGUCCUCAUUGACAAUCCGGGAAGCUAUGCUAAUGGUACCUUCUCCCCGCGACCUGCGAGCCCUACCGCCAGCGCCAGGAGCGCCGACUUCGACAGGCCUUCGUCUUCGGCGUCCUCGAUUCCCAUCCUUGAUUCCAUGCUCACCACUAUUACGGGCGAUGACCAUUGGAGAAAGCGCUUCAUCAGGAGCAUCAAGAGCAAGAAGAUGACUACGUCAAGGACCCUAGCAGAACAGGCUGGUUUCCAGGACACCCUUUGGAUGUAUCUUUCCUAUUACAUCCCACUGCUUACCUGGUUGCCCCAAUACAAAUGGUCAUACCUGAAGGGCGACCUUGUCGCGGCGUUAACACUUGCGUCUCUGUAUCUUCCCAUGGCUCUUUCGCUCGCCGAUAAUCUUGCCCACGUGCCUCCCAUCAACGGUUUGUACGCCUUCGUCUUCAAUCCUUUCGUGUACGCCAUCUUCGGUAGCGCGCCGCAGAUGGUGGUUGGGCCCGAGGCUGCUGGGUCUCUGCUGGUCGGUUCCGUGGUCAGAGGCAGCAUCGACCAAGACAAGGGCGAAGAAUACAAUGCCGAACUGCAAGCCAAGAUUUGCGGUGUUGUUGCGGGCAUGGCAGGAGCCACAGUUUUCCUCGCUGGUCUGGCUCGUUUGGGUUUCCUCGACAGCGUGCUCAGCCGCCCAUUCCUGCGAGGUUUCAUAUCCGCCAUUGGCUUUGUUAUUGCAGUUGACCAGGCCAUUCCCGAGCUUGGCCUUGCCAAGUACGCAGCGGAAACUGGCGUAGGUCAUGGUAGCAGCAUGGACAAGUUGCAUUUCAUCUUUAGCUCUUUCGACCAUGUUCACAAGCUCACUUUUAUUGUCGCUGGAGUCAGCUUUACAAUCAUGAUGGUCAUGCGCGAGUUGAAGAAACACAUGCAGCCAAAGUAUCCCGGAGUUGCGUACAUCCCUGACCGAUUCUUUGUCGUUGUCAUUGCUGCCGUACUCUCCUGGCACUUCGAUUGGUCAAGUAAGGGCGUCGAAAUCCUCGGACCGGUCAAGGCUGCCUCCGGCCAUGUCUUCACUUUCCGGUGGCCAUUUCAAACAUCGCACAUGCAACACAUCCGCGAGGCCAUGGGAACUUCAUUCUUGAUCGCCCUGCUUGGCUUCUUCGAGUCGUCAGUUGCCGCAAAGAGUCUCAGCAGCUCAGAUAGCUUGCAUGGCAUUCAGCUAAGCCCCAACCGAGAACUCGUUGCUUUGGGAGCUGCCAACAUUGUGGGUGCAUGCUUUAUGAGUCUGCCUGCUUUUGGUGGUUACGGAAGAAGCAAGUUGAACAAGCAGACUGGCGGAAAGACACCUAUGAGCUCCAUCUUUCUCAGUCUCAUUAGUCUGCUUGCUGUUCUGUUUUUGCUGCCCUACUUCUACUAUCUUCCCAAACCCGUUUUGUCUUCCAUGAUCACCGUUGUCGCUUGGUCCUUGCUCGAAGAGGCGCCACACGACAUUGCGUUUUUCCUGCGUAUUCGCGGCUGGACUGAACUGGGCUUGAUGAUCAUCAUCUUUGUUUCUACCAUUUUCUACUCGCUCACCUUGGGCAUGGCUAUCGGUGUUGGCCUUUCUUUGCUUCAAGUUAUCAAACACUCGACUCGCCCGCGCAUCCAAAUUCUCGGUCGCAUUCCCGGCACUCACCGUUUUGAGAACGCAGAGUUGAACCCUGAUCGCUUGGAAUUCGUUGAGGGCUGCCUCAUUGUCAAGAUCCCCGAGCCCCUGACAUUUGCCAACACAGGCGAGCUAAAGGCACGUCUUCGGCGCCUGGAGCUGUACGGUACAAGCAUGGCUCAUCCCGCACUUCCAAGGCUGCGAGGAGAACAUCAUAACAAGAACGUUAUCUUCGACAUUCAUGGAGUCACUUCACUAGACGGUUCUGGUACGCAAGUUUUGGAAGAGAUUGUUCGCAGUUAUAGAGAGCGCGGCGUUAGAGUGUUUUUCAGCCGCGGCCCUUCCAACCCGCGACAUCAUAUUUGGAGACUCAUGCGCCAGUCCGGCAUUAUCGAUCUGGUCGGCGGCGAAUCUCAUUUCGUGACGGAUGUGCAGGAGGCGUUAAAAUUGACCGAGUACGAGCACAGUGUUCACGAUGCUACGAACCCUUGA